GAGAGAGAGAGAGAGAGAGAGAGAGAGAGAUAGAAAGGGAUUUCACAUCUGGACCAGAAUCUAGAUCAGGAACCCAACAGAGACAGUAAGGCCAUGUCCAGCUCCAUCAAGAGAAGACACUCCAACAAGCAGGGCUUGCAGAACCUCAUAAGGGUGACAGCCCAACGCAGCCAAGAGGAUGCUGAGGAGGUGGAGCGCGAGCGCAGACGGAGAUCCAGGGAGCAGCCCAGAGAGCAGUGUGAGCCUGGAGACCAGGGGGGCAGGCCCACCUGGGGCCCGAGCCCUAACCUGCCACAGGACCCCACACCUCCAACAGCACAGUACGACGAGGAAGUGAAACCUCCUCAAAGCCGAUUGGUUCUGGAAGAGGAUGAGGGCUUUAGCGAUUGGACCCAAAGGUUGGAGAACCGUAAGGAAAGCCUCCUGAGGCAGGAGCACAGCCGGAGGUCUGAAGAGAGCCGUUUCACUCACAAGCAGAAGCUCAAACACCGGGAGGAGGAAGAUAAAAAGGGGGAGGGGCCAGAGACCCGAGGCAGCAUCACGACUCCAGGAACUUCAAGAUACUCAGAGGAAAAGAUAUGUGACAGGAAAAAGGAAAUUGUGAUAUCAUGCAGCUCCUCCGUCUUGAAUUUACCCCAGAAGGCGAGGAGCCUAGCGCCCAAGGUCCUGCCGAGGAACAUCAGCUCUCUUGAAUCAGAAACGACGAGGCCCUGCUCGCCCACUCACAGAGACCUGCACCUGGUGGAUGGAGAGGGGGCUGGGGCCUUCAAGGGUCUGGAUGAGGCCUGUCAAACACACAGGGACCGAGGGGAGCGGGUGGUGGGGGAGACGAAACGCAGGAAGGCAGAGCAGCCGCACGAUAUGGCAGACCUCCAUUACAGCCUGGAUGAAAGAUGUCGGCUUCAGGAUGUGGAGGCGGAGAGUCACAUGACCAUACAGGAAGGAGAAUUGGGCAGUGAGGAGGGUGAUCAGCUGACGCAGACCUCACACAGUAACCAUGGAGACACGUUGGAGACAAACCCCUAUGGGCCCAUGGGCCCAACGUUUAAGAAACUUCUCAUUCGGUUUUAUCCCAAAACGGAGCCCUUAACUUGUUCGUUGAAUAAAAGCAUGAGAAGAACACUGUCACCUACAGCUGAUUCCAAGAUUGAUGACUACACACAUGAUUUCAAGAGCAAUGCUAAAACAGCUAAACCACCGGCCACAGAACUUGCCAAUCCCAGUGAGCCUGUUUCCUUCAAGAAAAACCUGUUCGAGGCUGGUGAUGCAUGGACCCAGAACUCGGUUAAGGUCACACUGUCCAAGGAUGCCGAAGGACUUAAAGUGGGCGUGGCUGACCUCAUCAACCAAUGGGUGAAGGCAAGCCCAGAUGGCACCAGAAGCAGUUCCCCAACCAAACCAGCAGAGAUUAAACCGGGGGAUGUUUUAUGCAAGAAGAACUUGUGGGAGAACCUUGGUGAUUCAUCAUCUCCUGGGAGAGGAGGCAAGGGGAGCUCCCCUGGCAAAAGAUACAAAUUUGUGGUGUCAGGUCAUGGCAAAUACGAGAAGGUGGCUGUAGAUGAUAACGAGUCCGACUGCAGUGAACAUGACAAAUAUAAGCCAGCUGGAGAUUACCAUGAAGAUUUGUGAAGGACACCUUGGAGUCUGGAAAAAGAGUCUGAAAAAUCAAAAACUGGAAAACCCUUUAUAAACAAAUCCGAUUAUUUUACCUAAUAUGUUUCUUUCAAAAACAUUCCUAGCACUCCAUUGAAUUGCAGAUUUUUUUCAGUUCACAUCAAUGUGAAUGCAGAAUAUAUUCAUUUUUUGUCUGUAUUUAUCCCGGUUACCAUCAUUUUUAUAUUUUUGCAAUAUAUGUAUUAAUUUCCUUUAUUAAUAACAUACAAUUCCCUAAAGUUAAUUCACGGAUUUGAACUUGCUAUGCUCUGAUUAUUGUCUCUUGAAAUGUACUAUCACACUAGCUAUUUAGAGUCCUAAUUCUCUGAAAAUGAACCCGGCUUAUGAUGAUAUUGCGUGUGUAUCAAAAGCAGGGACAAAACUAGGUGUUGUAAUAGCUGUAUGAAACGCCUUCAACCAAAAUAGAAAGGCAUGUAACUUGUUACUUCUGACUAGGAUACAUGAUGAAUUAGCUCUGAAAAUAGUCUUCCAAAAAGAAAUAUGUCUGGCUGAAAUAUGGACUUAAAUAAACUGGAUCUAACUCCAACUGUUUCAGAUGGCAAUUUAAUUCUCGUUUUUUUCCCUUAUUUAUGAUUCAAUUGCAUUUAUUACAAUGACAUUCAAACACAGCAUUGGAAUGUAUAUAUAUUUGUAAGUCUUUAAAUCUUACAAACAAGGCUCUUAUCUUCCUGACAAUAAAUACACAUUAGAAAGAUGUUCCUCAGCAAUAGAUGGCCAUUUAAUACAGGCAAUAUAGACCAGAGAAUAACUACAGAGAUGAACGAAAAGUGAAGGGCCUAUGCAAUGGUCCAAAAUAAGCAUGACAAUAUAAAGUUUGAAUCAGAAUCCGUUUGUGUGUUUUAUUUUCACAUUGGGAAGGCGACUGUUUAUUAACGAUUUGUUGGUUUUCCAUACUAAAUGUAUCUCUGUGUCGAGGUGUGAAAGGGCCAAAGUCUAAUUUUAGACAGAAAUGAGAGCGAAUAGAUCCUGACACCCACCACCUGCUCCAUGCACUUAAGGGCUGUCCUCUGGGCAGCCAAUCAGCCUCUGUGUGUGUGUACGUGUGUAUGUGUGUAUGGGAAAUAAAAAGAACUACAAGUCCCAGCAUCCACACAAGUUCACUGUAUACCUCAACAAACAAAAGACUAAUGAGGAUAACAGUUUUUUUUAAUAAUAACUGCUGCGAUCUGGCACAAUACUGGACCAAUUGAAAACUUCCUUUAGACCCUUAGACCUCAUCUGAUAAGAAAAUAGGGUCAAGGUUGAAAAACCCUGCAGUUCAUCUUUAGAUGGGAACAACCUGUAUGCAAUCACAGUUAUGUAAUACUUAUAUGUUAAUGGUAUUUUGACUGUUGACUGUUUGAGUGGGUGUCAGAAUAUCCUGCAAAUAAAGAAAUCUCAGAAAGGGCAGCAAAAAUAGCUUCUAAAUUUGUUUUGUAAGAUGUAGUCUUUAAAAAAUGCUUCCAAUCAGCUUUGUUGUGAAAGUCGUUCUUCCAGUCAACAGAUUAUUGCAAGGCACAUGACACCUACCCCUUUAAAGGCCCUGCGUGGGAUAUCCGUGUCACUUCCAUUGGGUCAACUCAAAAGAGGAAAGUGUAAGUUUAGCUGAGCAAUAAAACAGACAUGACCUCAACAAGUCUGUUCUUUGAAAACACAAAUCAACCAAAUACAUAAAUCAGAUAAUGCGCAUUUGUUAUUUGAAUAACAAAUCAUAAAUCUGAGUUAAACAAAAAGUAUUGAUCGCCCCAAUAUAUAAAUGCCUCAGUAUUAUGCAAAUCUAUGAAUUUAUCCAAAUGUAUAUUUGACUCCUCAUUUGUUCAAAAGUCCAAUUGGUGAAGGUGUAUAUGUUGACCUAUGUUUCUUUUGACACUAUUACAGUUUCUUUGCAAACUAGUCCAUAUGGAUAUGAAUAUAACGAUGCAUCAAAGUAGCUCAGAUCGUGGACUUGCUAUGCCCAAUGCUUUUCACUGCUUGCAGGCCAUCAGGAGUAGCGGCAGCAGACAGGAACACGCGGGGUACCAUAAGCUUGUCAGUCAGCGGAUGCCAAAUUUGAUUGGGUUUACCUUUUGUGUGAUGGCUUGGGGAGUAUGCUCGCAGCCUGCUAAUCCCAGCAUGGAGUGUGACAAGGACUGCCUCAUCCACAACUGAGCCCCAGCCUGCCUAUGGCAGAGGGCAACAGUGUCCGUAACCUAUCCAAAAAUAAAACUCCUGUAGCCCUGAAGCCAAUACAUAAUACCACUGCGCCAGGGCGACGGCCUGUGACAGUUUGACCUAGACGGUGGGGGCAUUCGGGAGCACUACCUGAGGAGUGUAACGUCUCUGAGGAAAGAGUGUUGCUUUCUUACACUCCGCAGAGCGGCCAAUCAGGAUGCAAGCUUAGGGUGUAAGGAAUUUAUUUCACUGCAUGGACAGUUCGAUUUUUGCUAUUAGGGCUGUUUACAUGAAUUUAAAUUAACAUGGAUACAAAGAUACACACACAAAGCUACACAGGUAAGAGAUAUAUCUGAGAAAUCCUUAUGCGUAAUACCUUAAACCAGCCUUUCUCCAACAUUUCAAGCCACGGUCCAGUAGAGCUUGACCCUCAGCCUCUAUAGCCCACUUAGACCGACAUAAAUAAGCCUGAAUAUAUUCAAGUUUAUAACUUUAAUUGCAUAAUCAUUAACAAAAUUGGAUGUUGGUCUCAGUUUUCAAUCAUUGAUUGGGAGUAAUGUCACAUGGGAUUGGUUGACAGAGAACUCUGUAGUCUGAUGGGUCAAAAGUAUUUGGAGUCUGUUUCUUCAAAAGUGAAGCACAGGUUUAUAGAUAAGUUGUUAACAAUUAAAUCAUACAAACAUUUUUUGAGUAGCUGGUAUGCCGCUGCGACCCAUGGUUUGAGAAAUGCUGCCUUACUCAAUGUUUUGAGCCUGUUGUAAUUAUAAACUUUACUAGGUCGUUUAAUAUGCUAUUCAAUAUGCAACUAUUGCAGGGUUAUAAAGUUCAGCCAGAACUUUAAGAAUUUAUAGUAGCCCUUCCCAAUAAUUGUAACUUUGAAGCAUUAACAGAGCAGCAUUAGAGAGUGAAUUCAUCAUAUUUAUUGCAUCGUUCCUAGCCUUGGAACAAGAUUAAUUUGCGAGCUCAUAAUAUAUUUGCUCUGGCAUAUGUGUCUGGCCCCCCUCCCGUUCUGACAGAUUUCCAGCAGGCCUGGGCCAGGCUGGGCCAGUCACAAUGGAUUACAAUACGUAGAGGUUUGAUACAAUGACUGCAAAGAGGAGAGGACAGAUCAGUUCACAUUUCACGUUUUUCAUUGAAGAUCAGUCUUGCCUUGCUAAGGUUGAUUCCAAAAGGAUUUAAU